UGACAGCUGAGACUUUCACGCAAGAAAACAAAACCAGGAUAUCUGAUGGACUGCAUUAUCUUUCCAGACAGCUUGGAGCUACAGCUGCAAAGUUUUGUGCUUAGACUUCAAAACUGAGCAGAGAGGAUUCAGAUGUUUUGUAUGAGAAUCCAGGCAUUAAUCAUGAUUGUGUGAUCAUGGUUUUGGAAAAAUACGAAGAUACUUCCAGGCUACAUAUGCAGAGUUAUGUUUCUUACGAAAACCAAGAAUGAAGUCAUUUUGAUCUCUGAUGGACGAAACUCAUUGGAAUGGAAACUAACAUCUAUGAAGAAGAACAGGGCUCACCUUAUCUUACAUCUACCGAGCGCCUGGGGACUCCAAAGGAAGCAAAGUAUGAAGAAUACCAAAGAAAGAUAGAAAAACAGGCAAGUCCAUCUGAAUUUCAGAACGUUUUACUGGAACCUGAGUUGCGUUUGCUGGCUGCGUCAUCCUUAUUAGACCACAAUGAGACAUCUUUGCAACCUGGCACGGCUGCAGGGUGCGUCAGUGCCACCCAUCAGCCUGAGACAAAGCACCUUUGUGAAGAAUUACUCUGUUCCGCAAGGCACGAGCCAAAGGAAGAUCCUUUAAACCUUCCCUUGCACACGGAAUGGCCAGUCCUCACAGGAACAAAUUCAGACAAGAAACCGGGAAGGAGUCAUGAAGUCAGGGUCAUAAAACACAAACCAAGUGCUAUCGCAUUUUCUGAUUUUGAAUUUUUAUCGCAUGAAGCUAAUACUAAACUCUAUAUUUGUGAGGCAGGAGAAGCAGAAGAUUUUUCAUCUGAAGAGGAAGAAGCAGAUGGUAGAGAUGAUGAUGACGUGUUUACAGAACUGCCACUGCAUGAGGCAUUUUUCAGUGGUCUUCAUAGAAGGAAUGUUUCCCAAAGAAAGCAAGCUAAACAUGAACUUACAAAAUAUCAACACAUCUGUCAUUUAGAGGACUGCAGUGAUCAUUCUGAAAAGGAAUUGAAGGACCAUGACAAGGAAGAAAAACACAUGGAGCUGGAGACCCAACCAGAAAAAGGAUCUGAAUGGUCAGACUCUAUGUCGUGUCUUAUGAAGAAACUGGAACAGUUGAAUUUAGACAUUGAAGAAGCUCUGAGUGCUGGCUCUUCUCCUUCCAGUACUCCUUCUACCAAAAGGCAAAAGCAAAUGUGCCCUGUUCAAGUAGAGACAGGCUUUUAUGGAGAUCAUCAAGGAAAAGGAUCUUGGAAAAACAGAAGAGCAGACUACCAGGAUCUAGACUGUUUACCUUACCCAGUGUCAACUGGAGCACGACCUAAAACUGAUGUGCUGUUUCAGAAGCUGUGUAAGGAAAAAGCAGAAAUUGAAGCAAAGGAAGCGUGUGACUGGUUACGUGCAGCUGGAUUUCCCCAAUAUGCUCAGUUCUAUGAGAACUACCAGUUUCCCAUUGACAUUGCUGCAGUAAAGAAAGAUCAUGAUUUUCUUGACAAGGACCUUGUAGAACCUCUUUGCAGACGACUGAACACACUGAACAAGUGCGCCUCAAUGAAACUCGAUGUGAACUUCCAAAGAAAAAAGAGUGAAGAUUCAGAUGAAGAAGACCUCUGUGCUAUCAGUAAUAAAUGGACUUUCCAAAGAACCAGCAGACGAUGGUCUCGGGUGGACGACUUUGAUGCUUUGCUUCACCGGUCAGACAGACAUGGAUCUUCUGGGGACAUUAAAAUGAAAAAUACAACAAGCAGCGAGAGCGUCCUUACAGAUCUGAGUGAACCUGAGGUCUCCUCUAUUCACAGUGAGAGCAGUGGGGGAAGUGACAACAGGAGUCAGUCUGGCAACAGCAGCGCUGCCAGGGAGACCUGCGACUGCUCUGGCCAGCAUGAUGUAGAAAGCACACUGCUGCAAGACUCCACUGCAAUAAACACCGCCCUGUCCCCCAAGGACAACCUGAAGAAUGAGAAACCAACACGAACCAAAGCAAGAACCUUUCUAAAACGCAUGGAGACACUAAAAGCAAAAGGUGUGCAUGGAAAACUAAAAGGCUCAGGAAGAACAGGUCCUUUAGAGAUAAGUGGACCUGUUCUCCAGUGUGAGCCAAAGUCUUUGAAAGACAUGCACUGUGUACAGAUAGUCAAUGGUGAUCUCCAAAAUUUAGGACAAGAUUCAGUCAAAAGAGGACUUUCCUUUUCUGCCAAAUCCAGCAGUGACAGCAGUCAGUCUGAAAAUAGCAGCAGUGGGGUGAGCACACCAUGUCUGAAGGAACGCAAGUGCCAUGAAGCAAACAAGAGAGGUGGGAUGUACCUGGAGGACCUAGAUGUUCUGGCCGGAACAGCCUUACGGGAAGUGGUAGACCAAAAUCGCAAAAAUGAAUUUCAUUCCCAAGAGAACUUGGUUGUGCAUAUUCCCAAGGACCACAAACCGGGGACCUUCCCAAAGGCGCUUUCUAUUGAAAGCCUCUCCCCUACAGAUAACAGUAACAGUGUAAACUGGAGGACAGGCAGCAUCUCUUUGGGAAAGCAGAACUGCUCUACUCCAAAAGAGUCCGGAUUGAUGGCUUGCUGUCCUAAAGAGAGCAGAAUUAGUAUUUAUGACAAUGUUCCAGGUUCCCACUUGUAUGCUAGCACUGGGGACCUCUUGGACUUAGAGAAAGAUGUCCUUUUUCCUCAUUUAGAUGACAUUUUGCAACAUGUCAAUGGACUCCAGGAGGUAGUAGAUGACUGGUCAAAGAAUGUGUUACCAGCUCUGCCAGUUGCUGAUGUGUCAGUCAGGGAAUCUCCAUCGUUACCUUUCCAGUCCCCCACGCAGAUCACGCUUGAUUUUGAAGGAAACUCUGUCUCUGAUGGCCGGACCACACCGAGUGACAUGGACAGAGAUGGAACAUCCCUGAAUGAAUCAGAGGCCACUGGUGUUAGGGACAGGAGAGACUCUGGGGUGGGAGCCUCUCUCACAAGGCCAAACAGGCGAUUGCGAUGGCAUAGUUUCCAAAUCUCUCAUCGCCUGAGCCACUCCAUCGCAUCACUUCACAUCAGCAAUCAGUCAGCAGCCCAGCUGAAUCUACUGCAAAAAUUCUCUCUGCUUCGUCUUACUGCCAUCAUGGAGAAGUACUCCAUGUCUAACAAACAUGGCUGGACCUGGUCUGUGCCAAAGUUCAUGAAGAGAAUGAAAGUCCCUGACUACAAAGACAAGAAUGUCUUUGGUGUGCCUCUGAUAGUUCAUGUCCAGAGAACGGGACAGCCUCUUCCCCAGAGCAUACAGCAAGCACUACGCUACUUACGGAACAACUGUCUGGAUCAGGUGGGUCUGUUUCGAAAAUCUGGAGUGAAAUCCCGAAUCCAGGCCCUACGUCAGAUGAAUGAGAGCUCCCCAGAAAAUGUCAGCUAUGAAGACCAGUCGGCAUAUGAUGUGGCAGACAUGGUAAAGCAAUUUUUCAGAGACUUGCCGGAACCCCUCCUCACAAGUAAGCUAGGAGAGACUUUUCUACACAUCUACCAAUAUGUCCCCAAGGAGCAGCGGCUGCAGGCGGUGCAGGCGGCCAUCAUGUUGAUGUCUGACGAGAACCGGGAGGUUUUGCAGACUCUGCUCUGCUUCCUGAGCGACGUCACCUCCGUGGAGGAGAAUCAGAUGACUCCUAUGAACAUAGCUGUCUGUCUGGCCCCUUCCCUUUUCCACCUCAAUAUAGUGAAAAAAGAAAGCUCACCAAGAGUAAUACAGAAAAAAUAUGCAACAGGGAAGCCAGAUCAGAAGGACCUCAGUGAAAACCUGGCAGCUACUCAGGGACUUGCUCACAUGAUAAUGGAAUGCAACAAACUUUUUGAGGUCCCUCAUGAGAUGGUCACCCAGUCCCGAAACUCCUAUGUCGAUGCAGAAGUGCAUUCUCCCACCCUGGACGAGCUUGGGAAACAAGUGGAUGAGGAAGGGGGGAAUUAUCAGAUGUACCUGGAAAGUCUCAUGCAGAAUCUCCAGAAAGAAGCAAAAGAGAAAUUCAAAGGAUGGGUCACAUGUUCCAGUAUAGAGAACACAGAGCUCGCCUACAAAAAGGUUGGGGAUGGGAACCCCCUUAGGCUUUGGAAAGCCUCGGUGGAAGUUGAAGCCCCCCCAUCAGUUGUCCUGAACCGAGUGCUGAGAGAACGUCACCUCUGGGACGAGGACUUCUUGCAGUGGAAGGUGGUCGAGAGCCUGGACAAGCAGACAGAAGUUUACCAGUACGUUUUGAACAGCAUGGCUCCUCAUCCUGUCCGAGACUUUGUUGUUCUAAGGACAUGGAGGACAGAUUUGCCAAAGGGGAUGUGCAUGCUGGUUGCCAUCUCUGUGGAGCACGAAGAGGCUCCUCUUAUGGGAGCUGUGCGAGCCAUCGUGAUGGACUCUCAGUACUUGAUAGAGCCUUGUGGCUCAGGAAAAGCCAGACUGACCCACAUCUGCAGAAUUGACCUGAAAGGACAUUCCCCAGAGUGGUACAACAAAGGCUUUGGACAUCUGUGUGCAGCAGAAGUUGCCAGGAUCAGAAACUCAUUUCAGCCUCUGAUUGCCGAGGGACCAGAAACAAAAAUCUGAGGAAGCAUUCCUGGGAGCCUGGGAGCAUAAAUCGGGGUCUGGCAGGGAACAGGAAGGCCGAAAGCAAAGAUCUUACUUAAGCUGCAGAAAUCUGACCAGACCUGGGUCUGUACAAAGGUGAAACAGGAAUUUUAUAGGAAAGUUCUUUUGUUCUGGAGAUUUCACGUCCCCCCACCACAUCCCUUCUGUAUUAAUUUCAAUUAUUGAAGUAAACAUUUCUUCUGAGAGCUUUUAUCAUUAUUACUUUAAAAUCAGACUAUUGCCAUAAUUGUGUGUUACAGAACUCUGGUAUUUAAAGGCUUCUAAGAAGCAUAUUUUAAUUGUAAAUAAAUUAUGUACAGUAUGUAUAUAUUUAUCUAUAUUAUAUCUAUAUAUAUGUAUAUGUAUAAAUUAAUUAUUUUGUAUAUAACUCAGUGCAAAUCACUUGCAUCAGUCGGACCUUAAAUGAAUCUGUCACUUGUUUCUUAGUGUGUCACUACUACAUAAGCUGUGUUUGCUAUUGUCACAGGGCUACUGGGAAUAAUCCAUGUGACAACAGAAACACCUGUUGUCAAAUAUGUUUCGUGUUUGUGUAUGCUGUGAGAAGGUACCUAGAAAUAGAUGUAGGAAGAAUGAAAAGAACUAAGGAGGAGGGAGGCUGCUGUACGUUUAAAAAUAAUGAGGAGUGGAUCAGUUUCACCAAAUAAAAUACAUGGAAAUGUAACUGAGGUAGACAUUUUGAAGGCCAUUUCUAUUCAGCUGCAGAAAGUUUGUGUACAAGGUGUUGAAAACUUACCUGUUGCCUUAAUUAAUGGUAUAUCUGCCACUGGAGAACCUCACUAUGUGCAGCAUUCAUAGUAAUUGCUCAUUCCUGGAGAGUACAAGGUAACACUGUCUGUGCUGAGGUGUCUGAAAUCAGACUGGUAAGUUAUUAAGCUGUAAAUGGGUUUUUUUUAGCGUUUUGUCUAGGUUCUGAGUAAGUGUUUCUGUGUUGUUCUUUCCUUCUUCCAUGGAGAUGGCUAAUUGUUAAGAAACUCCAAAGCAGAUUUUCCACAUCCAGUGGACACAGAUGUGCAGAUGAAUACCAUACCUUUUAAUAUUCUUACUAUACAAAUAACUAAACUUUUUUGAAGCUUUUAAACACAACUCGGAGAUUUAAAAGACUAAAUGCAGACUAUGCUUGGAAAGAUUGCUUUUAUAGUAACAGCAUUUUCAUAUUAUAUUGCACUGAUCUGCGUGAUCCUGCAUCUCUAGGCAUCGGUGGGAGCAGGAUUAGCCCCUGACUAUGAGGAGUAGGAGCCAUUUAAGCCUAUUGUAUCAUUUCAUUUUCAGGGACCUAUUAUUUUGCUAAUGGAAGAAUGCUUUAAAAGUAAUAAUAAUAAUUUGUUGACGUUACCUUUAAGGCAGGGUUCUGUUUUGUGUUUAACUAACCGAAGACCAAAAAUUGUAUUACAUCUAUGAUCCAAUAGGAAUGUACAAGCCUGUUAAUACUGUUCUUCAUUAAUCGCAUUUGUUCACUUUGACUUUAUUUAUUGCUGCAUAAACCAGCUGAGUUAUUCAUAGCCAGUGUUUUAGCUCAGUCCUUCCAACAAAAUCCGCUAAGAUUUCAUAUGAGGUCAAUACAUGUCUUACAUGAAGCUACAGAGUAAAUGGAGAAGUCUUUUCUUGCAGUGGCACUGCCAGUGCUUUGAGUCUGCCCCAGGUGUGGGUGCUGUGGGGUGGACUCUGUGCGGUCCUUGAUUGCUGCUAGGGCACGGUCCCACGUGCCGUCAUGCAUAGGCAUAAGGGCUGUGCUGGUGGAGGACAGCCCUACAAUCUGAGGAACUGAGCUGGUAGGAGCUCAGGGUGGACAGGGGCAGGGUGACCCAUCCUGGUCAUGCCAUGGAGCAGCAGGACUCCGAAAAAGUCACUGUUGUCUUUUCCUCUCAUGACCUGCCUCUCUUUCCAUGUCACAGAAGUGGUGUUGCGUAACUCAUAGGAUCAGGGAGGUUGGCUGUCCGUGAGCUCCUGCCUCCAGUUUAUGGCCAACAAUAGUUGCCACGUGCAACUAUUGCAUGUUUUUUAAGUGUUAAAGACAGGAGAGCACUCAAACCCUUAGGUGGUCAUGUUGAGGUCUGGCAGUCACCAGCCAGCCACAACAAACCACUGCUGCCACAUCCAGCCUUCCCAGGAGCAAGCAGUGGCUUAUGAACUGGUGGGACAAGACCAGUCCUCAUGUUCCAGCAGGACUGCCAUCCCAGAAAGCUGUGCCUCCUCCCCAAAUGCGUGUAGCCAUGGCAGCAGGUUUUGUGCUGGCUUUUUUUCCAAAACACAAGCAAUUAGAGCACUUCUGCUACAUUAGUUUGCAUAAAUGAAUGCAAUAGUGCCUCAGUAUUAAUGGCUGCAGAAUUCCUGGCCCUGGGAAUGGCAAUUGUCUGACAGUAAAUAAGGAAAUGAAGGGAAAACCUGGACAGUAGUUUUAUCCUGUCUGACAAGUCAUUGCUCAGCUGGAAGGGGCUCUGUGCCACCUGCCACCGUUAGCAAGGCAGAAUUGUCCUCCUACCCUUGCAGAAGCCCUGUCAUGUGCUUCCGGCAUCUCUAAGCCAUGUACCAAUGAAAUAAGAUUUCUUUAAAAUGCACAUUAUACCGUGUCUACCAUUCAGCUACCACAGUAUUUUGUAUUGUUACAUUGCCAUUGAGAAUGCAUUAUGAUAAUUGCAUUUUAAAAUGUUAUACUCAUAUCAAUACCUCAUAUUUUUACCUCAUCUGUUGGUAUCAGUCAUUAGUUGUAAAUAAAUAAUUGCAGAGUUGAAUAAAUUU